CCUUACCAUGUUGUUGUGCAAUAUUAUGAUUGUGAAACAGCACAUUAUAAAACGGAUUGAAGCAGUGUGGGUAGAGUUAUUGAAAGGCAUAAGCUGGUGCUGAGUGGUUCUUCUUAUCACGGAUUCAAUCUAUAUUAGCCCGUGUUCAAAACUUUGACAAUAUUAUGUGUCGGCCUAAAUGGUGACAACCCGGAUGGUCAUCUUCUUUGAAAGAAGGAUAAUAUUAGGAAACUGCAGAAAAACGAACAUGGAGCUUGAUGCAACAAACCUACGGAAUAAUCAAAUUCAGGUCAAGGUCACAACAAAUUAGCUGAAGGUCACAGAUAUAGGGAUUCCACUGAGGACAAGAAUCUUGUUAUCACGGAGCAGUCCGAAACCUCAAGCUAUAUAAGACAAAAGUUCGCGCGCCCAUGUCCCAGUACAAUGGAACAUUCCGAGCGCCAGUCUGAUCGUCUGCGGCAAGGUGAUGUAGGGGGAGACAACCAUGUUAGACAUUCAGGUUCUCUCGGAGCUUCAAAACAAAGGCAUGAACGUAGACGAAGAAAACGUGACAAGGCUGCCUCACCAAGUGAUCAUGUUGACACAGCGAUCACGAGAUACAGACGACCCUCAAGACGGUCCCGGAGCUUCCCGGGUUGUAAUCGUAUUAGACCACGUGAUCCCAGUUUUGAAGAAACAGACAGGCAAGGAUUAAACUGUUCUCCAGGAGACUCGACAGCCAAUCAGGAGAAUGAAGUUAAUGAGCCGAUUUAUCCAGAGGAGCAUAUUUGUCCGAUAUGUCUCGACCUCUACUGUCACCCAAUGGAAACCAGACCCUGUAAACAUGUUUUCUGUGACACCUGUCUGCGACGCUUGGCUCGUAGGACAAAUGAUAAAACUCCCUGUCCUCUGUGUAGGCGGGUCAUUCUGGGCUGUCACGCUAAAGAUGACUUUGCACAGUUCCUGGAGGCCCAAUACAGUGUAUUCUACAAGAAACGACAAGCCAUGGUGGAACAGUUCCAUAAGGACUCGUAUCACAAUCUCCCGGUCAAGCAGCGGACAAAAUUGAAACUUCCAUCGAAACAACAAGUGAAAGCUUAUUUUGUUUUCUUUGCAUUAUUUCUGUUAACCAUCCUUGCCGCUACAUUAGGAUUGAUAUUAUAUUUGAUAUCUUUACCGGUGUCCGCCAUUGUUAAAGCAGUCAAGUUCACAAGGAGGAUAUGUGUUAAAAUCUUCGAUCGACUUCGUAACUUCAUUAACUGAGGCGCAUCAAAGUUAUGAUAGUUUCCCAAUGUCUAACCACAGUGGUAGGCGCGGACCUACGUCGCACAAAAAAAGCCUCUCUCGUGUAUGACCUGUCCGACGACUAUUUUUUUUAUCUGAUAAUUAUGUUUUUAUGGCGUAGGUGCCUACAAUGUCAAGCAGGGAUGGCGGGAACGUUUGUUCAAAUGAAUGUGACGGUUUUGAGACCAUUCGAAAUGGGAUCGGCUAAUUACCCAGUCUUUGAUUUGUGCGUUAAACCAAAUGUUGGUAACAAUUCAUCAAAUAUACAGUUUAAUUUCUGUUUGUGAAGAAAAGGAUGAUUUCCAAGUUUGAAUUCCUCUCAUCCCUUUGUUUACACGUCCGCCAUUUCAACAAGGACACCAUGACACAAUGACACAUUGACCUUCUUUCAAGGUCAAAUUGGUAAAAUAUGUUAAAAGUUCCAUACAACUUCUCAAUAGCCUGUAUUGCUGUGGGGAGCGCAGUAAAUUUUAACUACGCAUGUUUCCAUCUUUCUUUUCAUUAACACUAAUACAUAAAACCAUGCCGGAACACUUAGUCCGGAAAAUAGUCAUAACUAAUAUGAAACCGAUCAUAUCCGGAUUAGUUUGAUAGUAAUGCGUUACAAGCCAAGAUGUGUACGGUAGCAACAUCGGCUGAUUAGUAUGACGGGAGGAAGAGAUGUCAAGGUUACGAUCACGAUUAGUUAUCUCGCGCAGAGACUGCACGUGAAUGCAAACCAAGGAUUUUCAAGGAUGAGUGGUAUAGGAUUACAAACGCAGGCUUUCAUUGGCUAAAAUAUAUAUUUGUAAAUGUUGCAUGAUUUGAUUGGUUGUUAGACUCGGAAUCAAAUACAAAAUUCCCGUGUCAACUAUGAAGACAUGUAAGUUUGAACUCGAAGUUAGACUGACCACAGGGUCACCACGUGAUGUAGCAUAAUACUUUUUUUUAUAUUUUAAUUUAUUGAAUGCGAUUUUAAAAAUGCUUCCCCGUCCAUGAGCGAGUGUUUCUGUCGAAUUCCAAGUUGUGAGUUUAUAGAAGUGCUCUCAAUAAACACAUUCUAUUUGUUGUAUACUGUCAUCAAUUUCACUGUUAAUAAACA